CAGCACCGACUCGUCCCUUAUUACAUUGAAGUAAAUAGACUUCCAGGGCAGCUCAAAAUGUUCCUCCUCCAAGCCCUCGGCUCCAACGGCUCAGGGCAGCUUGGCCUGGGACACAAAGAGGACGUCGACACCCCUCAGCCCGUUAUCCUCCCUGCCCCUCUCAGUCGCAACAGCACACCCCAUACAGAACACGACAUACGCCCGAUCCGCAUAGCAGCCGGAGGCAACCACACCCUUCUGCUCCUCUCCUCAGGCGAUCUUCUCUGGACAGGAGACGCCAGCACCGGCGCAUGCGGCCCCGCAUCACCACCAUCCGAUCACGUCGGGGAGCCCACGCCCUCCUUCCGGCCCGUAGAUCUGACUUCACCCCCCCUCCCGCCAAGCGGCAGGUUCAAGAUCCGGCAUAUAGCCGCCACCUGGUCCGCCAGCAUCGUCGUGCUCACCUCAGACGACGACGACGACAACGACGACUCCUCGGAGGAAGGGGAAGACAGAGUCUAUGCCUUCGGCUCGGGCGCCAAAGGCGAGCUCGGCCUGGGCCAGGGCACGCUCCGCACCUCGGAGCCAAUGCCAAUCCCGGACUUCCCGCCCCGCGGCGCGAGAGUGGUCGAUCUCGCCGCGUGCAUGGGCCAUGUCGUGGCGGUGCUGAGCAACGGCGAGGCCUGGGGGUGGGGCAACGGGAGGAAGGGACAGCUUGGAGAGCCGGCGAUGGGGGCGGUGUGGUCGCCGCGGCGGAUUGGGAUCGAAGGUGGAGGAGCGGGGACACAGUUCAAGGUUGUGAAAGCCGUUUGCGGGAGGGAGUUUACUUGUCUCUUUGGCCACCCCGAAACGGGCGAGAUGAUCGUAUUGGGGUCGGAUAAGUGGGGUGUGCGGUCGGAGGCUCCCGACAAAGGGAGCUUGGCAGGGUGGAGGGAAGUCGGCGCUGGUUGGGGCAGUGUGUAUGUGCUGAAGGAGGAUGGGAGGCUGCUGGGUUGGGGGAGGGACGAUCACGGGCAGCUCGCACGUAGCGAGGAUUUAGGGCGUGUCACGCAGAUGGCGGUGGGGAGCGAGCAUGCACUGGCGUGGACCGAGUCUGGCGACCUCAUGGCUUGGGGUUGGGGUGAACAUGGAAACUGCGGGCCGGUUCGCAGUGAUGACGGGAAGAAAGGGCAGCAUAAUCGAAUCGUUUCGGGCGGGCUGGGAUUGGAAAUAACGAUGCUCGGUGCUGGUUGUGCGACAAGUUGGAUUGCCAUUAAGAAGCCAAGGUGAACCACGAGGUGGCCGUUCAAAGCAACAACAUCUCUCAAGCCACAAGAAGCCA